AUGGAGUCUCGUCCUCCAAUCUACUCUACGGCGACCAACCUCAAGCAGGGCUAUUCGCCGCCAUGGGAGGACCUAAGCAUUAUUGGUAUUGCCGGUAGCUCUGGCUCUGGCAAGACCUCCGUUGCAAUGGAGGUCAUCAGGUCCCUUAAUCUUCCCUGGGUGGUGAUUCUUGUCAUGGACUCUUUUUACAAGUCUUUGGGCCCUGAGGACCAUAAAAAAGCACAUCGGAAUGAAUAUGACUUUGAUUGUCCCGAGUCAAUUGAUUUCGACGUCCUAGUUCAGACCCUCAGAGAUUUGAAACAGGGCAAGAGGGCAAACAUACCAGUCUACUCGUUCAAUGAACAUCAGCGUCAAAAGGAGACGACGCCGUUGUAUUCUCCUCACGUGCUUAUCCUCGAAGGAAUUCUAGCGUUGCACGAUCCCAGAAUCAAUGAAAUGCUCGAUGCCAAGAUCUUUGUCGAGGCAGACAUGGACAUAUGCCUCGGUCGAAGAAUUCUACGUGAUGUGAAAGAACGUGGGCGGGAUAUCGAAGGCAUCAUCAAGCAAUGGUUUACCUUUGUCAAGCCAUCAUACACAAAAUAUGUUGAGCCGCAACGGCAUAUAUCAGAUAUUAUCAUCCCAAGAGGCAUAGAAAACAAAACAGCCAUUGGAAUGGUGGUUGAGCAUAUAAGAAGACGACUAGACGAGAAAUCCGAAAAGCACAGCGCUGACCUCGAAAAGUUACGAAAAUUGGCAGCGGAAGAGGAGCUGUCACCGAAUGUCAUCAUUGUGGAACAAACUUCUCAGCUCAGGGGAAUGCACACCAUUUUGCAGGAUCCGUCAACCGAACAAGUCGAUUUCGUAUUCUAUUUUGAUCGACUGGCAUCGUUACUGAUUGAAAGGGCUUUGGAUUGCAUGGAUUAUACCUCCGCCGUUGUCAAAACGCCGAAACAAGAAACAUAUCAUGGAGUACAGCCCUCCGGCACAGUUUCUGCAGUCGCCAUAUUGAGGGGUGGUUCAUGCCUGGAAACGGCGCUGAAACGUACUAUACCUGACUGCAUCACCGGAAGAGUUCUCAUUCAAAUGAACAAGCAAAUGUCGGCUCCCGAGCUUCAUUACCUAAAACUGCCACCAAAGAUCGAGACUCACUCUACCGUACUCCUUCUGGAUCCCCAAAUGGCCACUGGUGGUGCUGCGUUGAUGGCGGUGCGAGUCUUGAUUGAUCAUGGAGUAGCGCAGCACAAAAUAGUCUUUGUGACUUGCGCUGCUGGGAAAUGGGGAUUGCAGCGAUUGACAGCCGUGUACCCGGAAAUCAAAGUUGUGGUUGGACGAAUUGAAGAAGAGGAAGAGCCACGAUGGAUGGAGAGGAGAUACUUUGGCUGUUAG